GAAAAGGAAUUGAGAAAGAGAGAGAUUUGCUUCUCCUUGUCUGCAUGUGGGAAAUAUUUUACCGCCAUCACGGAGCUCCCCUUUCACUCUUCCUUCUUCUUCUUGUUCUUGUUGAGCACGGCGACGGGAAUCGACAUCUCCUCUUCCGGUCUUUUCGUUCGAAUUAAUGUCUUCUGUGGGUCUCUCUAAGGUUCCAGUUGGUGCCCGCCGCCUCCACUAACUGCCUCCUCCCCACCUCUUUUAUCCUCCUUUCACUCCCCUUCUUCUUCUUCUUCUUGGUGGUGGUUCCGGAGAGGGAGCGCCAGAGAGAGAGAGGGAGGGAGGGAGGGAGAGGAUGGAGGGUCCUUUCAGAAGCGUUGAAGACGUCUUCAGGGAUUACAGGAGCCGAAGGACUGGAAUCGUCAAGGCUCUGACUACAGAUGUUCGUGACUUCUACCGGCAGUGCGAUCCAGAGAAGGAGAAUUUGUGCUUAUAUGGAUUUCCUAAUGAAUCUUGGGAAGUUAAUCUCCCUUCAGAAGAAGUACCUCCAGAAUUUCCUGAACCUGUGCUGGGAAUCAACUUUUCUAGGGAUGGCAUGUUGGAAGAGGAUUGGAUUAAACUUGUGGCUGUUCAUAGUGAUUCAUGGUUGAUGGCCGUUGCUUUCUAUUUUGGGAUUCGUUCUGGGUUUGAUAAGAAUGACAGGAGGAGACUAUUUAACAUGAUCAAUAACCUUCCAUCUGUUUAUGAGGUGAUUGUAGGGAAGAAAGAGCCACAAGAAGUGUCAAGUGUUACAAGCAACAGCAAGAGCAAGAGAGAGAGCACUGCAAAAGCAUCGAGAGCACCAACACGAGUGGAUCGGGAUGAUGAGGAUGGUGAAGGAGAAGAAGAAGAAGAAGAUGAUGAUGAAGAUGAAGAUGAGGAUGAUGAUGAAGAUGAACACAAGGAUGCCCUUUGUGGUGCAUGCGGCAUGAAUAAUACUUCUGACCAGUUCUGGAUCUGUUGUGAUGUAUGUGAGAGAUGGUUUCAUGGAAAGUGUGUGAGAAUAACCCCUGCCAAGGCCCAGCAUAUCAAGCAGUAUAAAUGCCCCAGCUGCUCCAACAAAAAGUCUCGAGUGCAGUAGGCAUUACAUGAUCCGUGUACCUUUUGAUCCCUUCAAUUGGAAAAAGUCCUCAUUUUGUAACUUCCAUCUCUUGGAUUAUCAGACCUUUUCUUAUGCCUCUCUCUUUCUCUCUCUCUCUCUCUCUCUCUCUCUGUUCCAAAGGUUCAUCGCUCAUAACCUCUUCCAGUUUUUUCAUGUUUUUUACAAGGUGAAGUGCAAUGCAGCGGCCUCUUGCACUGCAGAAUGCAUUGAUAAGCCAAUUAGGCCGCAGUUUUCUGCUGGUAACAUAUGAACUUUCCUAUUUAUGGACAUGUAUACCUAGUGUAGUAUGCCAUGGGCAUUCUUUCUCCA